GAAAUAAAAAUAUGGGAAACACAUCGCAGACAAAAUCCCUCUCCGUCGAAUUGUUUUUUUCUUCAACCUAUUCUCGCGGAGGCAUAAGCCGUCCAAAAUAUCUCUUCCACCGUCUCUCUAGAUAUGGCGGAUGCCUAUUGGAGGUAUAAUGACGCACGUCAACACCAGCAGCCGCCUACACCGCAGUCCAUCCCUACUCUCGUCGGAAAACGCCCUCGGACCGAUUAUGAUGUCCCUAGUGGUCACGAGCUGCCCAACUAUUAUCCUCGUAAUGAUGAUAGGGGAGCUCUAAGUAGAGACACUGAAGCCAUUGGAGCAUCCUAUGACCGUUAUCUUCGCAGCACGCCUGUUCAAUCAUAUGGUGGGGGACACUCUGCCAGGCUCAUAAGUGGAGGGGUAGCAGGCCGCCCCAUUGAUGACCGGCGUAAGAUGGGUGUUGAGCCUAUUGACCGUGGGCUUACUGUAAAGGACAGGAGCCUGGGAUUUGGAAGGUCUGAGGUCUCCCUUCCACCUGAUGCUUCAAGUACACUCUUUGUGGAGGGCUUGCCUUCUAACUGUACACAGAGAGAAGUAUCUCAUAUAUUUCGCCCUUUUGUUGGCUACAAGGAAGUGAGACUUGUGAACAAGGAAUCAAGACAUCAUGGGGGAGAGCCACUAGUACUUUGCUUUGUAGAUUUCUUGAGUCCAGCUCAUGCAGCCACUGCCAUGGAUGCAUUGCAAGGUUACAAAUUUGAUGAGCAUGACCAUGACCAUGACUCGGUCCACCUAAGGUUGCAAUUUGCUCGCUAUCCUGGUGCAAGGUCAGGUGGCGGGCAUCGGGGCAAGCGUUGAAUUAUGUGAUCUUCAGGAUUUGCGCAAAUCAGGAGUUUAUGAUAAUGAGGGACAAUACAACGUCGCCAUUUCGAGAAUUACAUUUGACGCUUUUGUUAGCACAAAGUUAAAUCUGUAGUUCCCUAUAAUUGUGCACCCAUUGCGAGAGAUUAGAGCGCGUGCUCGUCCUUAGAAAGCUUUCAAUUAUGUUUUUUUUUUUCCUUUAAAAUAAUUUAUACUAUCUUAAUGCAUCUCAUAAGAAGUUGCUUAUUUCUCGUUGAGGAUGGUGGAGACUUGUUUGUAUUUGUCAGUGCUCUGCUAUGGGAAUUAGUUUCUGAAGUUUAUAUCAGGGACAAAAACACAGUUCAUCCUGAGCGGAGUUAAGCGUUAAACGUCUAUUAUGGUGAGUUAAACGCUAAAUGUCUAUAAUUGUGGAGUUGAACGCUAAACGUCUAUAAUCGUGGAGUUAAAUGCUAAACGUAUAUUGUUGGGCUGUUCAGUC